CAUCACACCGGCUUGUGAAUAUAAAUACAGUUCCAUUGUUGAUGCGUAUCAGUUAAAAUACUGAAGUAUAAGGAAAAAUCAGAAUCAGUGCAUCUUAUAAUCCAAAAGAGCAGAAUGAAGACUCUCGUGCUCGUGACAUGUCUGCUGACAAUUUCUUAUGCCGCUGACCCUGAAGUAUUGAAGAAAGUCUAUGAACAUUACAACAGUUGUCUUGAGGAAUUGAAUGAGCAACAAUGGACACCGGAAGUAGUAAACUGUUAUUUAUAUAAGGCGGAAAUGAUUGACGAACAAGGUAAAUUAAAAAAAGAAAAAAUUCUUGCAUUCCUGGAUAAGAUCACUUCUGAUGAAAAUAACUUACGUCAUGCAAAAGAGAUCAUUUCUACUUGCUUCGAUCAAGCAAAUCAAGGCCCAGGAAAUGACAAUCAAAAGCUUAAGAAUUUUAUAGAGUGCGGAAUACCUGUAUCAAAUCUAAUCGAUAAGCCUCAAUAAAAAAAAGUACAUUUCUUCUCUUAUAUAUUAUAUAUAUAUUGUAUAAAGUAAUAAUUAUGCAGCAAUUCCGAUUCAUGAUAGAUAUUGGUAAUCCUUUAUAACUACAUAUUUUCGAGGACGUCAUGUAAAGUCUUCUUAUCUUAUAAAUUGUAAUUGACUUUCUUGUAUGUCUAUAUUUCAAUAAAAUAUUAUACUUAA